AUGGAUGAUCGGAUGGCACCAGGUUUUAGGUUCUAUCCUACAGAGGAAGAACUCGUUUCUUUCUAUCUGCUAGUGGACAUCGACAGGGCUAUACCAUCCCUUCAUAUUUAUGAUUACAAUCCAUGGGAUCUUCCACGAGAGCGUUGUCGUGGAGAUCUGGAGCAAUGGUUUUUCUUCGUUCCAAGGCAAGAAAGGGUAGCCCGUGGAGGAAGACCUAACCGGCUCACGGCACAAGGAUACUGGAAAGCAACUGGAUCUCCCAGUUUUGUAUAUUCUUCACAAGAUCUUGUAAUUGGUAAGAAGAAAACAAUGGUUUUCUAUGCAGGAAGAGCUCCACAUGGAAGAAAGACUGUGUGGAAGAUGAAUGAGUAUAAAGUGCUUGAAUUUUCUCAACUUUCCUCUUCAACUGCUGGAAAUCCACAGUUAUGGGAGGAACUCAGUUUAUGCCGAGUCUACAGAAAAACAAAAAGUGUGAGGUCGUUUGACAGAAGGCCGCCGCCACCAGAUGAAGUGGUUGAACGCCACCAAUUAGUGGCGACACUCCACCAAAAUGUGGCAACAACAUCCCAACAAAACCAUCCAUUAGCGCCGCACCACCAAAAUGUUGAAGGCCACCGGUUAGUGGCGGCACACCACCAAAAUGUGGCGACAACAUCUCAACAAAACCAUCCAUUAGCGGAUGCAAGGAGUUACUUAUUUGUUAAUUCCUCAUCAGAAGAUCAUCAUAUUGCUAAUAACAAUAUGGCUGCUGCAGAAAAUGAACAUUGCUCAUGGGACAGGGAAUGGUUUGAUUUUACACUUUUGAACUGA